CGAAUGAAUGUAUUACAGAUUUCUUUACAUUAAGUUUAUAGCUAAUUAGAUCAAUAGAAAUGGCCAGGGGAAGGUUGUAAUUAAUUUUUUAGUAGUGAAUUCUUUAGAAAUUGUUUUUUUGUAGAGAUGUAGACAUUUUUAAACAUAAAAAGAAGUUGAAAUAAAAGAUUGACUUCAAACAAAAAGUGGAUCUGGUUCCACUGAUGGCAAAAAAAAUAAAUAACGUCCAAUUAAUUUCUAAGAUGACAGAGCAUUGCUAUAUUUGUAAUAAACAGGAUGGAGGGGUGGAGAAAACUAAGAUUAACAUAUUUGAAACCAAGACACCUAUGUCAGGGAGUAAAAUAUUUGAACUGUUAUUGGAAAUAUCAGGAACUGAAGUGCAACAGGAGUGCAAAGAGAGCAAUAAUUUGUGUGCAAAGUGCUAUAAGUCACUUCUCGAAUAUGAUUAUCUUUUGGCUAGGCUGAAUGAAAUGAAAUCAACAAUCCGAGAUAACAUACUGAAAUCAGAACAGAUGCGAAACAUCAAAAAGGAAUUGAAAGUGGAAGAGGCGAGGCCCAAAGAGGUUAAAAAUAACAUAAAGCUGGUGUUGCCGGCGUCAAAGUUGCAGCCUUUACCACCCGGGUUUGAUUUGAGAGUUAAAACUUCCAGCUGGGGUAAUGUGACAGCUAGUGUCCCAACAAGUCUGUCAUCGGUGUCCAGUUUACCCAAUUUCACACAAUCAAAUACCAACACAACAGAAUUGAUAUCAACAAUAAAAACAGAAAUGGAUAUAAAUCAAAUAUCAAAUAUGCCAAGAGUGAUAAUAGAGCCUGAAACUAUUGCAACUCUACUAAAUAAAGGCAAUUUCACUUUAAACAGCAUAACCAAGGGCUAUGUGACAGUCACAAAUCAACAUAAAGAUGAAGAGAACCAUGAGGAGAAACCCAUGGAGAUUGAUGAAGAUGCAGUGGUAAUAGAGAGUGAAAACGGCCCCAUAAUAGGCGUGGUGUCGGGACAGAAGUUUAUAUAUGGGGACAACGAGAUCUCGCUGGUCGUGCCCCACGACGACGGCAGCUUGGACAAUAAUGACGAUCAAGACUCAAACUCGGAGGCGCACAUAGAGUUGCAAAUGUCAGGCGACGAGGAAACGGCCAACGCUAUCAUCGCCGCCGCCAAUGAACAAGGUGCCUUCAUCAAAGUCGACUCCGGCGAAAUGUAUGAAGUGAAAUCUGUUGAGAGUAAAAUCGAAGAUAGUAGCGCUACUAGUGAGAUACCUAUACAAAUGGUGGAGCAGGAGGGUGAUAAAUUUAAAUGUUUGCUCUGCGCGAAAAAUUCAAAAAUAGACUCGCCACCAGAGCUGAUGGAGGAAGCGGUGGCGAUGAUGAAGCACCUGAAGGCGGCGCACGGCGCGCGCCUGUACAUCUGCCAGUGCGGCGCCAUGCUGCGGCGCCGCGCGGACUACGCGCUGCACGUAGAGCAACACGCCGAGAAAUCAAAUAAGAUAUUACAAACUGUCGACAAGAGUAAAUCUCACGAGUGUAACGUAUGUAAUAAAAAAUUCAGUUCUCGAUUACUGCUAACCGAACACACAAACAUACACACAGGCAAGCGACCGUACAGCUGCGAUAUAUGCAAUAAAUCGUUCGCGUCGAGAUAUACGCAGCAGUCGCAUCUCAAAACGCACCUUGAACGUCCCCGGCCAUUCAAAUGCAACGAGUGUGGAAAGUCGUUCUUCACACAACACAACCUGCAUCACCACGAGAAAAUACACUCGGGCACCAAGGACUUUGUGUGUAACGUUUGUGGCAAAGCGUUCGGCAGCCAGCACAACCUGGAGGUGCACGGCGUGGUGCACUCGGGCCGGAAGCCGUUCGUGUGCACGGUCUGCCAGAAGGGGUUCGCGCGCCGCGCCGAGGUGCGCGACCACAUGCGCGUGCACACCGGCGAACGGCCGUUCGAGUGCGAGACGUGCGGCGCGCGCUUCUCGCAGCGCUCGAACCUGCACUCGCACCGCCGCGCCACGCAC